ACGAAGAUGUGAGCGAGUGAGAGAGAUCGAUCAACUUUGUCAAUCUCGCUGAGUGGCAAUCAUUAGUACACCUGACUCGUUCCAUUUCAAGUAAAAAAAAUCAUUCCGGCGAGUCUUCUCGGUGUUUUGUUGCGGCGGCGGAUUACAUGGCGGUGGAUCAUUCGUAUCUGAUGCAGUUUGUCGACGAGACAUCGUUUUACAAUCGCAUUGUUCUGAGUCACCUGUUGCCGUCGAAUCUGUGGGAUCCAUUACCUCAUUUUUUCCAGACAUGGCUCCGGAAUUACCUCGCCGGAACCUUACUCUACUUCAUCUCCGGCUUUCUCUGGUGCUUCUACAUCUAUUACCUUAAACUCAACGUCUACCUUCCCAAAGAUGCCAUUCCUACGAGAAAGGCUAUGCUUUUGCAAAUAUAUGUGGCGAUGAAGGCUAUGCCUUUUUACACUCUUCUUCCAACUGUCUCCGAGAGUAUGAUUGAAAGUGGUUGGACCAAAUGUUACUCUAGAAUAGGCGAAUUCAGCUGGAUCCUCUAUUUUGUUUCCAUCGCCACAUAUCUUGUUUUAGUUGAGUUUGGGAUUUAUUGGAUGCACAGAGAGCUUCAUGACAUUAAGCCUCUAUAUAAGUAUCUCCAUGCGACCCAUCAUAUCUACAACAAGCAGAAUACCCUUUCUCCGUUUGCUGGGCUUGCGUUUCACCCACUAGACGGGAUACUUCAGGCUAUACCGCAUGUGAUAGCUCUGUUUAUAGUGCCAAUCCAUUUCACAACCCAUUUAGGUCUUUUGUUCAUGGAAGCCAUAUGGACAGCAAACAUCCAUGACUGCAUCCACGGUAACAUCUGGCCAGUUAUGGGUGCAGGGUACCAUACCAUACACCACACCACAUACAAGCAUAAUUAUGGUCACUAUACCAUAUGGAUGGACUGGAUGUUUGGCUCUCUUAGGGACCCUCUCUUAGAAGAAGAAGAUGACAACAAAGAUAGCUCCAAGAAAGCAGACUGAAAAAUACCCAUUUGGGUUUUGCUUGCUUGUUCAGAGUUUCAACCUUUUUUUUUCCUUUUUUUUCAUCUUCAUGUGUUUCUCUCAACCUUUCCAAUUAUGUUGUUUAGAAACACUGACUGCACAUUUGCUGUCUAGUUUAAUUCAGGUAAAUCUUUUAUUCUUUGCAAGAGUCGGGUUUUAUAAAACGGUAAAUCUUGAAACAAA